AUGACGAAGUAUCUUCGAUUCGUUCUAAUCACCAUCAUCAUGAUGGCCGCCGAAUGCCAAUUGCCGUCGUGCGCCGACGCGAUUUGCCCGGAAAAAUUCACAAAAUUCACACGUGCGAGUGGACGCGCGUUUUGCCUUCGAGUCGUCGGCAAUUUGUCAGUGAAUUAUUAUCAAGCGCAGAAGCAUUGCAAUUCGCUUCAUCCGUUCGCCAAGUUGUUCGGAAUCGCUUCGGAAGCCGAAUACGAUUUUGUGAUUGCGCAGACCGGCGAGAUGCGCCACUACGUCGGCGCAUUUCGGAAUCCGUUGUGCCAUCAGAAUAAGACGGAACUCGAGAAGCGCGUCGAAUGCACCGUCGACAAGAUGUUCAAAUUCACCGACAACUACACGACAAGCAAUUUUCUGUGGAAUCACGAGUGGGAGUGCGACAAUCCCGACUCGACCUAUGUCUCUGGCGAGUAUGAGAGCGCGAUUGCGAUUAGCGAUUGGGGAAUCGAGGACAUCAGCUCGACGACAAAACUGGCGGGCGCCGUGUGCGGUGGAGCCGUGUGCUGCGGCAAUUUUUGCAGUCGCAACAUUCCGGGAAGUCCCAACUACAAGGCGAACUCGACGAGCGGGUAG